GGGCCAUCUUCCUUCGCUGCUCCUUCUUGACCCUGGCUCGGUGACCUACAGCGACGGCCUGGCAUCAGCAUCCCUUGGCCGCCAUGGAUGAAGACCAAGGCUCGUCCCAGAUCGUGCCCGACCGGCCUCCAAAGCGGACACUCGCCGACCGACUGCGCGGCGUGAAGAGAACGUUCUUCACGAAGGAGGGCCUCGUGGGCAACUACGACUAUGCCUUCCUCUUCCGGCCCAACCUGCCCUUCAUGAAGAAGGCCGAGAAGCCGCCGCCCUUCUUCGGCCUCAACGACCGCAUGCCCGUGGUGCUGGCCCUGGUGCUCGGCUUCCAGCACGCGCUCGCCAUGCUGGCCGGCAUCAUCACCCCGCCGCUCAUCAUGGCCGGCGCCGGCGGCGUCAACCUGGACGCGGAGCAGACGCAGUACCUCGUGUCGACCGCCCUGAUCGUGUCGGGCCUCCUGUCGGCCAUCCAGAUCACCCGCUUCCGCAUCCUCAAGACGCCGUACUACGUCGGCACCGGCCUCCUCUCCGUGGUCGGCAUCUCGUUCGCCAUCAUCCCCGUCGCCUCAGGCGCCUUCCGCCAGAUGUACGCCAACGGCUUCUGCCCCACGGCCGAGGACGGCACGCCGCUGCCCUGCCCGGACGCCUACGGGGCCGUGCUGGGCACGGCCGCCGUCUGCUCGCUGCUCGAGAUCCUCAUCUCCUUCAUGCCGCCCAGGAUCAUCCUGCGCAUCUUCCCGCCCAUCGUGACGGGGCCCACGGUCAUGCUGAUCGGCAUCAGCCUGAUCUCCUCCGGCUUCAAGGACUGGGCUGGCGGCAGCGGCUCCUGCUCCGAUGCGAGCCCGACUGACUUCUACGCGCUGUGUCCCAACGUCGCCGCGCCGCAUGCCCUCCCUUGGGGGUCGCCCGAGUUUCUUGGCCUCGGCUUCUCCGUCUUCCUCACCAUCAUCCUCUGCGAGCGCUUCGGCUCGCCGCUGAUGAAGUCGACCAGCGUGGUGAUCGGCCUACUGACGGGCUGCAUCAUCGCCGCGGCGUGCGGGUACUUUGACCGGUCGGGCAUUGACAGCGCGCCGGCGGUGUCGUUCGUGUGGGUGCACACGUUCCGGCUGUCGGUCUACGGCCCGCUGGUGCUGCCGCUGCUGGCCGUCUUCGUCAUCUGCGCCUGCGAGGCCGUCGGCGACAUCACGGCCACCUGCGACGUGUCGCGGCUCGAGGUUUCCGGCGCGCUCUACGAGAGCCGCAUCCAGGGCGGCGUGCUCGCCGACGGCAUCAACGGCACCCUCGCCGCCCUCGCCACCAUCACGCCCGUGACCACCUUCGCGCAGAACAAUGGCGUCAUCGCGCUGACCCGCUGCGCGAACCGUUCUGCCGGUUACUGCUGCUGCCUCUUCCUCCUGCUCGCAGGAAUCUUCACCAAACUCGCGGCAGCGCUGGUGGCCAUCCCGUCGGCCGUGCUGGGCGGCAUGACGACCUUCCUCUUCACGGCCGUCGCGGUCUCGGGCAUGGCCAUCGUCGCCCGCGGCGUGCCCUUCACGCGCCGCAGCCGCUUCGUGCUGACCGCCGGCCUGGCGCUCGGCUACGGCGCCACGCUCGUGCCGACCUACUUCGACCGCGUGUUCGCGGCCGUCGGCGACGACAACCGCGCCCUGCGCGGCUUCCUCGACGCCAUCAGCCUCGUCAUGGAGACCGGCUUCGCCGUCACGGCCGCCGUGUGCGUGGUGCUGAAUUUGAGUCUGCCGGCGGAGUUGGAGGACGGGGAUAUGGGUGGUGUGGAAGUGGCUGGGUCGGAGGGUGCUGCUGCUACUUCUGCUCCCGCUGCGGGCGUCGAGAUGGGGACGUUGGGAGAGUGUGGAGAGGUGAAGGGAGGUAAGAUGGCUUAGAGGCGGGCUCAUGAUGGCAUUGGGUGGUGCUUGUCCGUUCUGGAUACCCUUUUGAUGUUAUGUCGCCUGGUGAAAACCUGAUACUUCACUACAAACCACUUGGCUGCCAACUUCAACGUCAGAUGUACGCAGCAGAGGUGCCUACGGCGACAGAUGCUGUAAUGCCACCGAACCAUUACUGGCUCCUCGCUCGUCUAUUCACAUUAGAUUAUUACUUGCAGCCUCUGCCACAGAGACUAUGCCGUGGAAGCGUCGCACUCAGUACCAACCCAUCCAUCCAACGCCCUCUAUCUAUCCGCAUACCACAUAGACAUCCGCAUAUAACAGCCGCAGGAAGCCUCUGUCCGACCUGCCGGU